CUGGCUCGACUUCCUCGCUCAGUCACUGGGCAGACUGAGGCACGGCAGCAUGCAGCGGUCUGGAGCCAUGAGAGGUACGGCGCUUGCGGUGCUGCUCCUAGUGCUGGACGCUACGCUUGUUGAGAGCGGAGGAAAGUAUGGCAUCGGCGGCCACGCGCCCUUGCUUGGGGAUGUGAAGGUGUUCGGAUGCCGUCCUGAAGUUCACUACGUGACACAUUAUCGCACUAAGUUUCAAGAUGUACCAGUCUACAAAACGGUCACCGCCCAUGACCUGGAGGUGAAGCCCCACAACGAGGUGGUCUACAGCACGGUCGUCAAUGUCCACACACGAUCACUCACCACGACGGUUUACGAGACUUCUACCGAAUAUCUGACCAGUGUGUCACGGCGGGGAGCUAACAGAGACGGUGACACGCUUCCUAUCGGUGCCCGCCUACAGCACCAGCACAAAGGUCGUGGAGCAGACGCGAGCUCUGGAUGUCACCACACACUUCUACAAUACCGAACACGUCCCUUACCCCGUCACCCUCACCGAGCUAGCCACAGUUGAAGACACUGUUACCAUGCCUGUAACUUUGAUAGAAAAGAGUGCAGUACCCAUCACGAGAGAACAUCUAGUCGUCGACACCUCCACCAAAUACCAGACCGUGACGCAUACCCGGCCCUCCUACGGCUACGGAAAUGACGUCAUCGUCGUAACUGAGAAUGUCAUCAACUUCCAGCCCUCUUACGUUACGCAGACCCACUACGAGACCAGCUACGUCACCCACACCAGCAUCCAGCGCGUGCCUACUUACGUAACACGCACGGUGCACGCCCCCUGCCACUCUUCCUACUAUUAGCUGUGGCCUGGAGCAGAGGCGACGCGUUGGUCACCCUGUCUCCCUCAUAGAUGUCGCUUUACCUUUGUCUUAUUUCUUUGUAUGAACGUUUCAUGUCAGUUUUUGUACCUUAUCACUCAUCUCAGGUACUGUUUUUUUUUUUUUUCUCUCUUUUUUUUCAAAUUUAAUUAAUAUUUUUGUAUAUUUUCAUCCACGUGUAGUUAUAGAUUACAUUGUUUUUUAAAUGAUGCU